AAUCCUGUGAAACACAGAGGUCGGUGGUGUUUUUUUGUGAAUUGCACAGAUGAGGUCAUCAGAGAAUGUGGGUCGACAGAUUCAUGCUAUGAUAAUAACGUGGGCUUAGGUAUAAUGAGAUUGUUUAAUUAUUCCAACAGCUGCAUUCUUAUGGUCGAUUAUCGGAACAAUUCAUUGUUGAACUAUUCAGUUUGCUUCAUGCUCAAGGUACAGAAUGGGUGAUAUACAUCUAAGGACAAAGCCAAACAUGGCUGAAACAUUGGAUCCUCUGUCACCGAGCCUGAAUGACUCAAGCAAUUCCAGUAUUAUGAAUAAGUUGAGAAUGAGAUUCAGUAGAGGAUCUUCUACUCCUAGACCUACAGGAGAUGGAUAUGUGGAAUUUGGAGAGUUUCGAUCACAAGCCCCUGGGGUUAAGAAAGUGGGCACUUUUGCCGGAGUGUUCUGUCCAGUUGUGUUGUCGAUGUUCAGUGCACUUAUUUUUAUACGAAUGGGUUAUUUAAUAGGUAAUGCAGGUCUUCUAGUCACGUUAGCCCAAUUCGGCAUGGCCUACCUGAUAGUUGGUUUUACUGUGAUGUCCAUUUGCGCUAUAUCCACGAAUGGCGCAGUGGAAGGGGGUGGGGUGUAUUUUAUGAUAAGUAGAACAUUGGGUCCGGAAUUCGGUGGCGCGAUCGGGACUCUAUUUUUCUUCGCCAAUGUCGUGUCUAGUGCUCUCUGCAUCUCCGCUUGCACUGAAGCUUUAGUGGAAAACUUUGGGCCUAACGGUUACCUAGUGGGUGACAGUCCGGGUCUACCCGAUGGCCACUGGUACCGAUUUCUAUACCGCUCCGUGUUAAACACGGUCGGUCUGAGCGUAUCGUUGGCCGGCGCGUCCCUGUUCGCUAGGACCAGCCUGGCGAUAUGGGUCACUAUGGUCGUGUGCCUGGCUAGUGCGUUCCUGAGCUUCUUUAUCACCGCUCCAGCUUUGAUCGAAAAACCGGACACAAACCACUUAGUGAACGCGACCAACUUCACUUACACUGGCCUUAACGUUAACACGUUUUACGAAAACUUAUAUCCAAACUACGGUAGAGACUACAGCACAGCUGAUGGGGAAAUGGUGGACUUCGCUUCUGUGUUCGGAGUCCUGUUUACCGGCGUGACUGGCGUGAUGGCUGGUGCUAAUAUGAGCGGUGAACUAAAGAGUCCAUCGCGCAGCAUUCCAUUGGGCACGCUUACAGCGUUGCUCUUCACGGCACUAUCUUAUGCGGCACUAACGCUCCUAACUGCGGGCACGUGCUCAAGGCAACUGUUGCAAAACAACUACGUGUACUUGUUGCCGAUUAACGUGUGGCCACCGUUUAUUGUUGUUGGUAUGUUGAUGGCAACGUUCUCAGCUGCACUUUCGAAUCUUAUUGGUGCUUCUAGAGUGCUCGAGGCUUUAGCCAAAGAUGACAUAUUCGGUUUUCUUCUCCGUCCUAUGGUGUCUCGGUCUGGCAAUCCAGUAAUGGCAGUUUUGAUGUCGUGGUUUUUAGUACAAAUCGGUAUUAUGGCUGGAUCCUUGAAUGCUAUUGCUCAGGUAAAUUCGGUGCUUUUUAUGACAAGUUAUUUUGCGAUAAACCUCGCUUGCCUCGGAUUGGAUCUUGCGUCCGCACCUAAUUUUAGGCCGACAUUCCGCCACUUCUCCUGGCUGACAGCCCUGCUCGGUUUACUGGGAUGCGCAGCCCUAGUGUUCUGUCUCCGUCCCGCGUAUGCUUGUGGUGUGGCCCUAGCGUGCUGCUCGUUAGUGUUGGCGCUGCACGUGUUGUCUCCAGCAGCUGCUGAACCCAAGUGGGGCAGCUUGAGCCAAGCGCUGAUCUUCCACCAGGUCCGCAAAUAUCUGCUCCUGCUGGACCCUCGUAGAGAGCACGUCAAGUUCUGGAGGCCGCAGAUGUUAUUGCUCAUUUCUUCGCCAAGACAAGCCGCGCCGCUCAUUGACUUUGUUAAUGAUCAGAAAAAGGGAGGUCUAUUCGUAAUAGGUCACGUGCGAGUCGGUCAAUUAGAUGGCAGUGGGGAUCCCCUCGCCUCUGAACAUAAGUACUGGCUGAAACUUAUCGACCAUUUGAGGGUGAAAGCGUUCGUAGAAUUAUGUCUAGCGGAAUCGAUACGUAGUGGAGCGGCGCAACUUACUAGACUCGCUGGACUCGGUGCUAUGAAACCAGACACUGUGCUUUUGGGCUUUAGAGACACAGUCACGCCUAAGGAUUUCUUUAGAGAUCCGCUAUCACCAUACAAAACGGAGCAAUUCGAUCUGGACAACGGCGAAAUCAUCUUCCCCACACGAACAUCCGUAACGACGCGGAUAUCCGCAUCCGAAUACGUGCGGAUCAUUGCGGAUGUGCUGUGCGUCAAUAAGAAUAUCUGCUUGUGUCGUAACUUUCAUAUGUUGGACAUGGGCGCUGUGGAGAGAAAAUCAUCUCGCCUAAAGUACAUAGACGUGUGGGUCGGCGAAGCGCUGCGCCCGUCCCGCGAGGAGGCGUUCAGCGUGCGCGCGCUGUUCGCGCUGCAGCUGGCGGCCGUCGUGCGCUCGGCGCGCGGCUGGCAGCACCUGCGCCUGCGCGUGCACGUGCUGGACGCGCCCGCCCCGCCGCGCGACACGCAACCCGAAAGCCUUGAACAAAACCGUCCGCUACGGGAGCGUCUCGACGAACUUCUCAAAUUACUCAGAAUUAGCGCAACCAUACAUAUCCUAUCCGAUUGGCCGGUGAUAGAAGAUUUCGGUCAAUGGUCGGACUCCUAUUAUGACAACGCGAGUGUGUAUGGCAGAGUUCCUAUGACAUACUUGCAAAAGGUAAAUAGAAUAAUAAAAGAGCGUUGCGACGAAGGCACCGCAGUGACGUUCGUGCAGUUGCCGGAGCCGCCGAAGUUGGCCGCAGAUGAGUCUGACGAAAUCGUCUGUGAACAGUAUUUACAGGUGUUAGAUGAAUUUACGAAAGAGCUCUCCCCAACUAUAUUAGUGCGAGGUCUGAAGUCAGUUACGUCCACGGCCCUAUAGUUAUCAAAUUAUUUAAAAGAUAUCAAACUAAACAUAUCUUUAAUAUUAUAAUUAUAAUAUUAUUUAUCGAAAUUUGGUUAUAGUGAUGAGUUUCUUAAGUUUAGAUCACAUUGGUCAAAUAUGAGUUUCAGUGACUGAAUAGUCAAGUAGUUUUUAAGAAUGACUGAAGUUCUGUAUCAAAUGUUUUGUUCUUCCAAAUUUCUAUGUGUCUGAAAAAAAAUGAUAAAAGGACCUAUUCUUAAAAUUACACGUGUCACGCGGUUAAAACU